AUGAGGCCUCCGUCGGAGUACAAUGAUUCGAGGAUGCCCGCUGAAGCGGAGGAGGGGGAUCCUAGGGCUCCUGCUAUGAUGAUCUGCGCGAGAUUGGCUGGCCGGGCGAUUAUUAGGGUUGUGGGCCGGUGUGAGGAUGCACAGGAAAACAGUCAGCUAGGUACGUCCUUGACUCAAGUGAUUUACUUGUUCAUUGACAUUCAGGUAUAG